AUGGCGGCCAGCGCAGGCGCUUCCUCUUUGGCUGCGCAGGCCGAGGCGGUCUACCGCGAGCGGCAGCAAAUCGAAGAGAAAAUGGAGGCCCUUGCGAGCUUCCUCACGGCAGAAGGAAUGCCGGGACUCAAGGGCCCGCUGGUGGACCCCGAGGGCUUUCCCAGGGCCGACAUCGACGUGCAUGCAGUGCUGCAGGCGCGGCAGCAGCUGGCGUGUCUGAAGACAGACCACCGGGAGGUGCAGCAGCGGCUCGAAGAAACCCUUUUGCUGCUGCAUGCAGCAAACGCCAAAGACAAGCCCCCUGCUGCUGCGCUGCAGCGCAGCAGCAUUCCCUCCUCCGAGGCCCCCCCGCAGCAGCGAGAGGGCCCCCCGCAGCAGCAAGAGGCAUCUCCGCAGCUGCUGCAAGGGGCUCACACGGAAGCAGCAGCGAGCUAG